CGAGAGAAAGAGAACCAACUUGUUCAGCUGAGUCUCUUCGCUGUGAUUGCAAAAGGAGCCUUGGAAGAAAACAGGCGAAACGUCGUAUCUCGACCUCUACUGGAGCAACAAAAAAAUAGCAAACGAACGCAUAUUAUAAAAUGCUGUGGGCGAAGCUCUUGCUCAAAUCCCAUUCACAAGAAUAAAAACGUGACCAAAAUAAGCGCCACGGCAGAAACUGAUCGAUUUUCAAAGAUUUCCACGUCACCGAGUGUUGCUUCAGUUGAAGAAGCUGAAAAAAAAUUAACUCCUGCAAUAACCGAAGAAACUAAAAUUAUUGAAAUGGAAUCAUCUGAUUUGACUACAACUCAAGAUGGAAAUUCUGAAAGUGCGAGUAGCAUUGGAAUGAAAAUUUUUCUCAGUGAAUCUACGAUCGAAUCAACAUUUGUUGAAUCUUCACCCCCUGCUGUCCCACCAACUUCCACGACGACGAGUGCAACGACGGCUGUCAAAACUACUUCAACUUCAACCGCAACUUCAACCUCGGUUUCAAAUUCAGCCUCAUCUUCAAAUUCUACCUCAACCCCAACUUCAACCUCCAUUUCAACUUCUAUUUCAUCCUCAACUUCAACCUCAACGGCCUCAACCUCAACUUCAACAACUACCAAAGUCCCCACGACUACUCGAACCACAUCAAUUCCACCAGGCGCCCUUUUUAGCUGUGAGAAUUUGUUCUGCGAAAAAAAUAUCACAUUACUUUCACGAGAUAAUGUCGUCGUCGUCAUGGACGCUCAAAGAUACGGUUAUUGGAAAGAGACAUGCGGGAUGCUUUACUUAUUUGGAAAGAGCGCGAUCGACUGGCAGACGAAUUGGCAAAGGUGUUGCAGCCUCGGAAUGGUUCCUAUCGCGAUCGACACGGAUGAGAAACUCGCGUGUCUGAAUAAACUAGUCGGGAGUUGGGAAUACCCGGCCAACUACUGGACGUCCGGCCGGCGACUGUGGCCCAACGACACUUUCCACUUCUGCCUGCCGCAACCCGUGUCCACCCUGAAUUCCUCUUGGGCCUCAGGUCAGCCGGACAACGUCAACAAAAGCGAGGACUGCGUCCACCUGUACGUCAACAAGACCGGCACUUCCAUGCAACUGACCGACGAAAAUUGCAACAAUUCCUACAUUUUCGCGUGCCAGGGAGCACCAACGCCGGCGCCUCCUUGCUCUGCUCCAACAUGUCCCGUAUUUGAUUGUUCGAAAGACGCAUCUCUAUUUACUCUCUUGGCAGAUAAAAAAUCUCAAUAUUUGACAAACCCGGCGGCGUUUGGCCUGUGGUUCACCGUCAACAAGAGGACUUAUUUGUUCAGCAGUUCAGCAGAGUCGUGGUUGGUGGCGAGCAAAGAGUGUUGCAAACUGGGAAUGACGCUGUUGAGCAUCGAAAACGACUACGAGUACGCAAAUCUGCAGGCGGCCAUCAAUUCAAACAAAUCGAUCCCGGCCGGUGCUCACUGGACGUCGGCCUCGGACGAGGGUUGCGAAAGGUCGUUUGGCUGGUGCUCGGUCAAUAAAUUGCUUUACAAAGCUGUUUGGGCGCAAAACAAGCCGGACGACCGCUGGGCGACGAAAAACUGCGCCACCGUCCACGUGGACAAGGACAAGGCGGAGCUUUUCGACGAAGACUGCUCCUCUUCGUUCAAGUACAUUUGCGAAGCUCGAGACACUUCAAAAUCGACAACUUCGGGCAACGCCAUCAAGAAUGAGUGCGCCGCCGUUUACAACGUGUCCGAAGUUGAGAUGGGUGGAAUUUUCAACUACACCAAAUUCGAUACUCGAAUCAAGUGUUUUAUUAAGUGUGCUGGACAAAACGGCGGAUUUAUGGUGAAUGGAAAGUUGGUGACGGAAGGACUUAUAAAAAUGGCCGAAAUGACCUCCACAAAUAAUGCCAAUCUGCAGGAAAACCUGGUCGCUGUUGACGAGUGCGCCAACAUCAAGGGCAAGGACGAGUGCGACACGGCGGCCCGGGUGUACCAGUGCGGCCAGCAAAAGGCCCCCAAUCUGGUCGCGAACGUGAUCGCAGCGGUCGAAUUCAACACGUCAGCUGAGGACGUGCCGCUGAAACCGACGGAAGCCAAGUGCACGUCAGGGUACCCGUGCGUGAUUGACCUUGGCUGUGAUUGCAGCGGAAGGAACCUGAGAAAAAUACAACGACCUAUUAAAGCAUUAAAAAAUAACAGACGAACGUUUAUCAUAAAAUGCUGCGGACGAAGCUCUUGCUCAAGUCCCAUUCAGAAGAAUAAAAACGUGACCAAAAUAAGCGCCACGGCAGAAACUGGACGAUUUACAAAGGGGAAAAUUUCCACGGCACCGAGUGUUGCUUCAGUCGAAAAAGCUGAAAAAUUAACCACUGCGAUUACUGAAGAAACCAAAACUACUGAAACUGAAUCACCUGAUUUGACCACAUCUCAAGAAAUAAAUUCUGACACUGCGGGUAGCGUUGGAACGACAAUUUUUUUGAGUGAAUCUACGAAGGAAUCAACAUUUGUUGAAUCUUCACCCCCUACUGUCCCAACAACUUCUACGCCGACGAGUGCAAGUGAAACUACUUCAACCUCAACUACAACCUCAACUUCAACAACCACCGAAGCACCCACGACUACUUUAACCACAACAAAUCUACCAGGCGCACUUUACAGCUGUGAAAAUAUGUUCUGCAAAAAAAAUAUCUCGUUGCUUUCACGUGACAAUGGCGUCGUCACAGAUGCUCAAAGAUAUGGUUACUGGAAAGAGGCGUGCGGGGUGCUUUACUUAUUUGGAAAGAGCGUGAUCGACUGGGAGACGAAUUGGCAAAGGUGUUGCAGCCUCGGAAUGGUUCCUAUCGCGAUCGACACGGAUGAGAAACUCGCGUGUCUGAAUAAACUAGUCGGGAGUUGGGAAUACCCGGCCAACUACUGGACGUCCGGCCGGCGACUGUGGCCCAACGACACUUUCCACUUCUGCCUGCCGCAACCCGUGUCCACCCUGAAUUCCUCUUGGGCCUCAGGUCAGCCGGACAACGUCAACAAAAGCGAGGACUGCGUCCACCUGUACGUCAACAAGACCGGCACUUCCAUGCAACUGACCGACGAAAAUUGCAACAAUUCCUACAUUUUCGCGUGCCAGGGAGCACCAACGCCGGCGCCUCCUUGCUCUGCUCCAACAUGUCCCGUAUUUGAUUGUUCGAAAGACGCAUCUCUAUUUACUCUCUUGGCAGAUAAAAAAUCUCAAUAUUUGACAAACCCGGCGGCGUUUGGCCUGUGGUUCACCGUCAACGAGAGGACCUACUUGUUCAGCACUUCAGCCGAGUCAUGGUUGGUGGCGAGCAAAGAGUGUUGCAAACUGGGAAUGACGCUGUUGAGCAUCGAAAACGACUAUGAGUACGCAAAUCUGCAGGCGGCCAUCAAUUCAAACAAAUCGAUCCCGGCCGGUGCUCACUGGACGUCGGCCUCGGACGAGGGUUGCGAAAGGUCGUUUGGCUGGUGCUCGGUCAAUAAAUUGCUUUACAAAGCUGUUUGGGCGCAAAACAAGCCGGACGACCGCUGGGCGACGAAAAACUGCGCCACCGUCCACGUGGACAAGGACAAGGCGGAGCUUUUCGACGAAGACUGCUCCUCUUCGUUCAAGUACAUUUGCGAAGCUCGAGACACUUCAAAAUCGACAACUUCGGGCAACGCCAUCAAGAAUGAGUGCGCCGCCGUUUACAACGUGUCCGAGGUUGAGAUCGGUGGAAUUUUCAACUACACCAAACUCGAUACCCGAAUCAAGUGUUUCAUCAACUGUGCUGGAAAAAACGGAGGAUUUAUGGUGAAUGGAAAGUUGGUGACGGAAGGAUUCAUAAAAAUGGCCGAAAUGACCUCCACAAAUAAUGCCAAUCUGCAGGAAAACCUGGUCGCUGUUGACGAGUGCGCCAACAUCAAGGGCAAGGACGAGUGCGACACGGCGGCCCUGGUGUACCAGUGCGGCCAGCAAAAGGCCCCCAAUCUGGUCGCGAACGUGAUCGCAGCGGUCGAAUUCAACACGUCAGCUGAGGACGUGCCGCUGCCACCGACGGAAGCAAAGUGCCCGUCAGGACACCCGUGCGUGAUUGACCCGGCAAAACGGAAUGCUUACGAACAAAAUAUACCGUUGGCCGCGGUUGCGUACCACAGGAAUGCGUGCGGUGGAAAAAAUUACAUUUCAAUUGGUGGCUGGAGCUCAUUUGCAAGUGCAACGACCGCAUGUUGCGAAUUUGGUUUUCGCCUUGUUUCAAUCGAGACAAUCGAGGAGUUUAAUUGUAUCAACAGUAUGUUCACUGGAGACAUGCCGAUGUGGACGUCCGGGAGUGGCUUGGCCAACAUGAACGCGCCAAAGUGGUGCGGCUCCGACUCGUCGAUCAACGUCUCGGCUUUCAAGUGGAAUUUGGCUUCGGGUGGUGUCCUGUCCACGGACCCUAACAAUUACCUCGUAAAUUUAUUCAUCGCCGCCAAUCCAGCUGAUACACGAUUUCAAAACGUGGGCAACAACGUCAACUGGGUUUUCCCGCUGUGCGAGGACUUAUAAAUUUUCCUUUGUGUGAAAAAUCUUUUUUCGUAAAAUUAAAAAAAAAACUCUUCUUUAUAUAAAAUUACAUAGAACUGUGAAAGAAUA